AUGGCCAAUCGCCAGGCAUGGGAAUCAGCGAGGGAACUAGCUAUGCAGGACAGCAACUCAGUUGCCAGACUCCCUGCUGAUGAUAUCAAACCAAAAGACAUACAUGCUACGUCUUCAACCCAUGCAUCACGCAGGAGGAGAUCGUACUUGCCCGCACCGAAGCCGAUCACUCGCUUCCGAAUCACCAAGAGCUGCCUUAUCUGUCGGCGGCGCAAAGUGAAAUGCGACACCGUCCGUCCGACAUGCGGAACUUGUGAAAAAACGAAAUCCGAAUGUGUAUACAACUCUUCGUCCCUGACUGAUUUCUCCCAGUCACCGCACCAUUCAGGAGAUAAUAGUCAUGGUAUUAAGCGGCAGAGGGAGCUAAACGACCCCGUGAUUAUUGAAAGUUCAUCUGUCGAAGUGCAAACACCGUACCACAUAUUGAGAGAGAUACAGCGGGGUCAGGCUGCGCUGCGCGAACAGUUUUCAGAUUCACAAGCUAUUGCCUCCAGGUUGGAUCAACUCACAGCCAUUGUUGAGAAAUGGACUCGAACAAAUGGGCCUCAGUCUCUUGAAAAACUUAAUACGGCCGGCCAGAGGCUGAUACAUGAUACGCCAAUUGAUGCUGAAUUUCAGCAGCGAGGCGCGACUGAUUAUCUGAAGUUAGCGGACAUUUCGUCCCCUGCCGGUCAGUCGUCGAAAGCUCGACAGUUCCAAACAGGGCAUACUGAAAAUAACACCGGUGAUGACUUUCCGAUCCCGAGCGGCCUGGAAACGGACCUCGUUGAUCCGGUUGGGUCGUUAAAUUUGGGCCACCUAAGUUUGGAAGAAGGUGGGAAAUCAAGAUAUGUUGGAACGACCUAUUGGGCAUACAUCUCGCGCGAGAUAACGGAGCUAAACCGGCUACUGCGAGGCCAAACCCUCUCUAAUGAUCGCUCAGCCAGUCCAAGUGAUGACUAUUCUUCUUUGGAUGAAGAUGAAUUCCAGGAUUUGACGCCUCCAGGAAGUAGUCGCGGAACAAAGACAACACCACAUACCCGCAAGGACUCGAUUAGCAAAUCAGUGCUGUUCCCACUGGGCGAGCCACCGGGAUCACUGGAUAAACCAGUUGAAUCAAAUAUGUUGGAGAAUGUCCCUACAAAACGACAGAGCGGCAUUUUGUAUAAAGGAUUCAUGUCUGGAGUGCAUGCUAUUAGCCCGGUGGUGCAUCCCCCUUCGAUUCUCAAAAAAUAUAAGGCAUUCUGGAAUUGGUACGAGAAUUCUGGGGAAUCUGGAGAACCUUGUCCUGAUCCUUCCUUUAUUCCACUUCUUUAUGCCAUCUGGUACGGUGGCUCUGUUACAAUAUCGCUCUGGACGAUCCGCGAUGAGUUUGACGUCGAAAAUCGGGCCGCCUUGUCUACCAUUUUCCAUGACGAAGUUACCCGUUGGCUUCGCAGAAUAUCGUUUCCCAGAAACCCCUCAAUUCAUGGACUCAAGGCGUUCCUUCUUGUCCAGACUAUUUUAUCCAGAGAAGAAGAGCCGCUGGCGAGUAGCUUGUUCAUCAGCCUUGCCCUUCGUGUUGCCCAAACCAUGGGGUUGCACAGAGACCCUGCUCAGUUUGGCAUUUCAGCUUGUCAGGCAGAGGCUAGAAGACGCAUAUGGUGGCAUAUUGUCCAUAUGGAUGGUGUAGUAGCGAUGUCCAGCGGCCUCCCUCCUCUUGUGAGUGAUGAAAAUUACUGGGAUAUACCCCUGAAGCGGCAGAAGGCGAUUCGAAAGAUCCUGAAGAUUCAAUUAGGGACUAAACCAGUUACUCGACGGGACAUGGAAGUUUUGCGUACAAUUUUGAUUAACCUUCAAUCUGAAUUAAAGGCAAUAGUCGAUCGGAUACCGGUAUCAACAUCCGUGAGCCCUACCAGCCGCGAUGCCUCCAGCUAUCACUCCACUCCAUCAUGUUCUGCAUCUACAGCUAUGGAUUCUAUUGAAUCUACGACAUCUGACAUCGGUCCUAGCUGCCUAGAGCAGUAUCACUCCCCAGUCCUGGUUGCUUUUCACAAGUGGGCUAGGAUAUUACUUUCCCUUUUCGUCGACAAGGCAUUUUGUGUUGCAUAUCAACCUUUUUUGAAAAAUGCAAAAAGCAAAAUAUGGCCGGUUGCUCGUCAGUGCGCUCUUCGCCAUUGUCAUGGGUUCAUGGACAAGUUUAUUCUGCUAGCCACUGAUCCCGAUUUCCAACCAUUUCAAUGGAGCUGGCCAGGGAUAAUGCUUAUCGACCUAUACGAACGCCCGCAAACCGCAGAGGCACCCAAAUCCCGCGCCUUCAUCGACAAGAUCUUCUCGCUUUCUGGCCCUGACGGAGGAGUGGUGGGCGGCGAGGAUGGCAUAUCAACUUCUCGGCCCCUCAGAGACGGCGGCCGUGAAGCGUGGGACAUGUUACGUCGUUUGCGGGAGAAAGCCUGGCUAAAAGCAGGGCUUGACCCGAGCGUACUUUGGACAGAACAGGCACAGGCGGAGGCUCGGCGUCCGACUAAUAAGCACAUUCCUAUGCAAAUUCCUAAGGAAGGCCGUGGAUCUACGUUCCGAAGUUUGGCUGAUGGUUAUUUUACGCCCGUCAAGGAACCGUGCGAUCGUAAUAUACCCAGCAAUAGCCAAUCGGUGAAACCACAAAGGGAACGAGAGCGGGCGCGAGCGCAGAACGUGAGGGACAACGCACAUAAAGAAGAAAAAAUUAUCCAAGAAAGGCAUCCCCAUACCAAACUAGAAGCCAAUAGUGUUUCCUCCCAUGACUACGCCACAUCUACAAGCCCACUGCCAGGUACUUUAUUUCCAUGGCCUGCUGCUACAUCCCAACCCCCUCAGGCCGGCGACACUACCAAACAACUCUGGUCCUCUCCCUCCAAAUUCUCACAUUCUACUAUUAACGAUGCAUCCGCAUACCAAUUCCCUUCACCGCCGCCCGCAACCACUACCGCUAAUCCCACUACACCACCAGGAACAUUCAACACUCCUACCCCCUCCACAAGCCACAACACCAGUAGCCACGACAACAAUAACGCCGUUAACCUUCCCACUUUCACGUCAACCGAACAUCCUACGGCGCCGAACCGCCCCAUGCCUGUAUCAAUCUCCACCGCACCCAACAUCAACAUCGAUAUGCAACAAAACCCAAACCCUAACCGCAACUUACCCUUCCAAUCUUCCAGCCCCAGGUCGAACAAUCCUUUACCAGAUCAUCUUAACCUCCAAUUCGACUGGGACCAGUGGGAUGCCGUUUUCGGACCGUCACUUCCUGUCGUUGAUGACUUGAUGCAUCUUGAUAGCAUCAAUACUGGCAUGAUGGGGCCAGUCGCAGGGGUGGGUGGGAACAUGGGAACUAGUGUUAUCGCUGGUGGUGGCGGUGGUGGUGGUGGCGGUGGUGGAAGAGGAGGUGGAGGAGAAUCUGUUCUAAGCGGUGACGAGUCGGGCGCGGUAUUAAUGGAUCUUGGGUUAGCAGCUGAGUAUUACAACGGUCGUGGGCCCUGA